AAGCAAAGUUGCCGUCGAUCCCCUUCAAUCCAUUCUCUCCCCCGUUCCGUCGCCGUCAAUGGUGUCCGCCUCACCGGGUCGCCGUUGCGCCCUUGUCAAUGCUCGCUCGCCUGCAGGAGGGGGGCGUACAGCCGUGGUGGCCAAUAGGGUGCGAGGUCCGCGUCAGCGCCAGCCACUGCCGCCUCCACGAAUCCCCUCCCUUCCGCUGGCCGCCCCCCAAUCGACGACGUGCGGGGGUUCCUUAGCUGGAAGGUUGGCAAUCCAGGUUGUUCCGUGAAUAUAGCUGAUGGAAUGUGAUGGAAAUACAAGACCCGUUCUCUACCCGUGGCAUUUUCAAGGUCAGAGGGCUUGCGUUGGUUUGAUCAGCUAUAUGCACUAUUGGUGACGAAGUAGCUGAUGGAAUUGUUGCGUAAGAUGGCGACCAAGGCAACAUACAUAUAUGCCCUAUGGGAAAUGGAAACUAGCAGAGCUUCAGAAACACCAGUUGAAAGGGAGCUGUCUCGAGCCUUUUGUCUGAUCCUUGUCGGCGGGAGUUUGGUAGCUCACUUCAUAUGUACAAGGCAAUAUAAGUUUGUUGGUAGCCUUCUAACACAGGACCUGAUCAGCUGGUGUAAGUCUGUAGUAAGUGGCAGAUGGGGAGGCAGCCGUGCUGUGAUAAGCAGGGGGUGAAGCGGGGGCCGUGGACGGCAGAGGAGGACAAUAAGCUGGUCAGCUUCAUCCUGACACAUGGCCGAUGUUGCUGGCGAGCAGUGCCUAAGCUGGCGGGGCUGCUGCGCUGUGGCAAGAGCUGCCGGCUACGGUGGACCAACUACCUCCGCCCUGACCUAAAGCGUGGCCUUCUCACCGCUGAUGAGGAGAAGCUGGUCGUCGACCUCCACGCCAAGCUCGGCAACAGGUGGUCUAAGAUUGCUGCUAAGCUACCUGGGAGAACAGACAACGAGAUAAAAAACCACUGGAACACACACAUCAAGAAGAAGCUCAUCAAGAUGGGCAUCGAUCCGGCCACACACCAGCCUCUGGCAAACACCAAGGCGGCUAGCCCAAUAGGGACAACCUCUCAAUCCACAUCAUUCAAAUCCAGCGACACAGUAAAUCAGCUGGAUUCCAAGGGGACCCACGGAGAAGGAGUUUCAAGGCCCACAGACUCGUCAGAGCACUCAAGCAGGAACACCAGCGAUGACGACCAGGACCUGUUGGCGAACUUGCUGUUGGAGGAAGAGCUGCCCGUUGAUGAGCCAUGGCUCAACUUUGAGAGCAGUAACGAUGACGAGUUCAGCAGCAUCAUUGGGCAGUUACUGUGUGACGGACCAACAGAUUGGCUGCUUGAUUACCAAGAUGUUGGCAUGGGCGGUUCAAGCUUGAUCGACCAAGAUUUUGGUAGUCCCAGCUCGAAUUUAACCGAAGGUGCAGUUCGCAGCUCGGAAGAAUCAAAAUUUUAGGUUGGAAAUACAUACGAAUUGUGUGUAAAAAAUAGACGCAGAAGGUCCUACUUAGACCAUAGGUAGAACAAUGGUAACUCACCCUUAAAACUAAGGGGGGGGUCUGUGUUCCUAGUAUCCUACUGUUUUCUCAAAAGGAGAAGCUGCAGGGAGUGUGAGGGAGGGCAAUGCACAUUAAUGAAUCAAUUAGUUAGGCUAUGUGUAAGUGUUAACCGAAUAAUACAAGGCCAUUGGUAUGAUGAGCAGGUUGAGAUGUUGCUUUAACUUCA